AUGCAAAAUCCCGACAGAAAACCCUCUUCCUCCGCCCCCAAUGCGAACGUUACUGGUGCUGGAAGCCUUGGGUUUAUCCAGGAAGACCUCUUGGACGAAACCCCCCCUGGUACUAGCAUUGCCGACUUUUGGUCGCCGAAGCUGCGCAAGUUCCGAAAGCACGACCAGCGUAUCAGUUGGAGAAAAUAUGUCGGAUAUGGGAUGGACGGUAUCGUCUUUCGGGUACGCUUUGGUGAUGGGGAUGGUCCAUUUGCCCUAAAAGUGUUCUGGAAGACUUUCCCCCCGACUACCCCCUUAGGCUUGCAUCAUAUGUACACCCCGUCUUGGGCCUUCGAGAUGGAGUGCAAAAACGCGGCGAGGAUCGAGGCCCUCAGGUGGGCGAUAUGCCAGUCGGACGAGCCGAUCGUCGUCUCGUCGAACCCUCGCGGCAAGAAGGGUGCCAUGAAUAACGUCUACGCCUUUACGGACGAGGGGCGGAGUAGACCCGUACGCUACGACGACCCGCAGCCCAUGCCCGCGUUCCCCGACAUAACCCGCUGUUACGGCUGGCUCAAGCUUAGGCGACGAGACAUCCCGCGACAGUUCGAAAGGCUGAGAUGGACGGAGAUAGUGGGCAGGGACGUCGACCCAAACGUCGACUACCAAUACGCGCUCGUAUACGACUACGUGGACGACGCUAAAAUCAUGUCGGACCAAGACGUGGCCGAGAUGCAGUCACAACUGGACUUCUUCCAUCUCACCGGCUUCUCGAUUCACGGCUACCAAGCCCGGAACUGGCGCCGGGGGAGGCUGGUCGAUUUCAACGAGAUCGUGUUCUGCGACCGGCGGCUAGGGUGGAACGAGCCCUCGCGGAUUGACGCGCUUGUAUGGAAAGGAGCUGCGAUUAGGGCGAAUAACCCGCCUGCCUUGAAUGGAUGCGAGAGAGGUGGUGCUGCUACUGUAGAAGACGAUCACGAGAGUGGCGAAUAG